GUGCUGAUUGUUGAUAUGAGGGAAGGGAAGGGGAAGGAGUACCUGUCAAAAUACGUGGCUGAAAGAAAAAAAUGUACUUUUAAAACUGAAGAGCUAAUCAAUGUUUUGGAUGGGGGCCCCCAUAAAACAAAGGACAGAAAAUUCAGGGAGAAAUACUUCCUUGAAGACCCUGAACUGCAAUCCAAAGUUCCUUUGGAAUAUCUUAGUCAUAAAGAAAAGUAUGAAGAAGCUGUUCGUAAAGCCUGUUUGCUUUUUAAAAAAGUUCAACAACUGCAAAAUGAAGGCCGAGGUGGCAUGGACAAUUUUAGGGAAGUUUUGGGUGGGCAGUUGGGAUCUGCCAUACUAGGAGAUGGAAAUCCCUUAACUUUGCAUUAUGUAAUGUUCAUUCCAACUAUAAUGGGACAAGGUAACUUUGAACAACAGGCUGAGUGGAUACAGAAAGCUUGGGAAUGUAGUAUUAUUGGAACUUAUGCACAAACCGAGUUAGGUCAUGGAACCUUUAUCAGAGGGUUAGAAACUAGAGCUGUAUAUGAUUCCAAAACAGAAGAAUUUGUUUUGAACAGCCCCUCACUUACUGCUUAUAAAUGGUGGCCAGGAGGAUUGGGUCAUUCUGCAAAUUAUGCAGUUGUAGUUGCACAGUUAUAUACAAAAGGACAAUGUCAUGGUAUUCAUCCAUUUAUAGUACAGUUAAGAGAUGAAGAAACUCAUGUACCAUUACCUGGAAUUAAAAUUGGUGAAAUAGGUUGCAAACUAGGCAUGAACAGCACAAACAAUGGCUAUUUGGGUUUUGAAAAUGUCAGAAUACCAAGAACAAAUAUGUUAAUGAAAAAUAACAAAGUAUUACCCGAUGGCACCUAUCAAAGCUCUCCAAGUAGUAAACUGACAUAUGGUACAAUGAUUUUUGUUAGAGUAGUUUUGGUACAAGAUGCUGCAACUUAUUUAAAAAAAUCAGUUACUAUUGCCACAAGAUACAGUGCAGUUAGAAGACAGUGUCAAAUUAAAGCCGAAGAACCUGAGACACAAAUCCUAAAUUAUGUAACUCAACAACAUAAAAUAUUCCCGAAUAUUGCUACUUGUUUUGCAUUCCAAUACGCUGCCAAUUGGCUUUGGGACAUUUAUAAUGAAGUUAAUUCUCAGUUAGAGACUGGACAAUUAGAUAAUUUACCUGAGCUUCAUGCAACAGCCUGCGUCCUCAAAGCUGUUAGCACUGCUGAUGCAGCUGUUGGGGUUGAGAUCUGUAGAUUAGCCUGUGGAGGCCAUGGUUAUAUGACGUCAUCGAAUUUACCAUCAAUAUAUGGUCUGGUAACAGCCAUGUGCACUUAUGAAGGUGAAAAUACCGUUCUUCUAUUACAAACGGCGAGAUUUUUGGUAAAAAUGUGGCAAAGUAAGAAGAAUUUAACCAAUCUACCCACUUUAAAAUAUUUGGAAACGGCCCUACACAAAACGAAACCAUUUGAAAAAUCUGUUGAAUGGAUUAUUUCAGCUUUACAAACAACAGCAGCUAGAAAAAUUGAAUUAGCCAAUAACCACAUAAACGAUCGAAUCAAGAGAGGACAGUCUUCAGAAGUAGCUUGGAAUAAUACGUCUAUAGAACUGGUAGAAAUGGCUGAUAUACAUGGCAGGAUUUUUAUUGUGGACAUAUUUCACCAAUCUAUACGAAAACUACAGGUUUCUCCUGAACUAGAAAUAGUUUUAAACCAACUCGAUCAACUCUAUGCAGUAUCUCAAGCCUUAAAAUUAACAGGACAUCUACUUAGGUUUACAGAUCUUACUGCGUCAAACAUAGAAACACUUCAGAGCUGGUUAGAAGAACUUUUGGCUGCCCUUAGACCAAACGCCGUAGGUUUAGUGGAUAGUUUCGAUUUUCGCGACGAGGUUUUAGCCUCCGCUUUGGGUGCUUUCGAUGGAAACGUUUAUGAGAGGCUGUUCAGUGCCGCUCAAAAAAGUCCCCUUAACGCCGAGCCAGUAAAUAAAUCAUUCCAACAUUAUUUAAAACCAUUUUUGAAAUCUAGUUUGUAAUUUUUUCAGUGGGCUUCGCUGUUUAAAAAAAUUGAUGUCGUUUAGAAAAACAUAGUAUUUUAUAUAUGAGGGUUUAUAUAAUUUUAUUUUUGUUGUGUUUUAGUACUUUACAGUGGCAGUCAAUCAAUAGUCUAAGUUUGCCACUCUAUUCUACUGCUUCUUUUUUUUCAUAUAGUCCAAGUAUAUAUAGACAUUAAUUAUAAUAUUUUUUGAAUUAUAUUUCACUGAUGAAUUAAUUUUUAAUUCUUCAGAAAGGAAUAAAAAAUCUAGUCGUGCCCAAAAAUUUUUGAAGUAACAUUCUCUGUAUCUUUCAAUAUGUCUGGGACCAUUGAGAUUCUUAAUACAGGGAUAAAAUAAAAUUAGAGAUUAUAUACUAGUAUUUUUGUGUAGAUUAAAUGUUUAGUUAUAAUUGACAAAAACUGUUAAAAAUUUAUGUAUUUAUUAAGGUGACUUUUAAAAAAAUUGUUUUUUGAUUAUAUUUUAUGAUUGCUAAAUAAUGAGCUUCCCUGAAACUGUAGGGCUGCUUUCUAUAAUAACUUAUAUACUGUGCAUCUUUCUAAAUUCCAAUUUUGACAUUACCAAAUUAAAUGAACUACAAGCAAAGUGCAAUAUAUUUUCUAAAUUAUUUUUUUCUAACAUACUAUUUAAUUUCACCUGAAAUGAAAAGUUUUAUUAGGAAUAAGUGAGUAUACCUAAAUUAAACAUUUAUUGGAUUAAAAUAUUUCUAGAUUAUUAAUAGAAAUAUCUAGAUUAGUUAAAUUGAAAGCAGCUCUAUAUUUUAUUAAACUAUGGUUGUAAAGUAUACUAUUAAAUGUUUAAUUCAUGUCAUUGUCCUAUAAAAUAUUUAUAAUAGUAAUUAUGAGAAUAUAAAAUGAAUGAGAAAAUCGCCAAAUUAACGUUUCCCCAAUAAUUAAACCGAAUUGUUUCCAUUCCAUAGUUACGAAUGCUAUUUUUUAAUACAUAUAUAAUGUACUGAAUGUAAUUAAAUUUAGGACCGACCUUAAACUGUGAGUUACGUUGACUAUUAUUAUUAAAUAGGUUUUUGUAUUCCAUCCAUAUUUUUUAUAAAAAAAUAAUAGUAA